AUGCUUAUGUGUAGACAAGGCCCCCCAAAACCCACUAAAAGGAAAAGGUGCAUCUGGUGGUGGUCAUCUGGCUCGCUCGUGCCAGCCGACGACAGUGCCAACGACCGCGUGAUUCGCGCCCUGGCUCUGCCCAUCCUCGUCCUCCGGUUCUGGCUGCGCGAGGCUCAGGCUCGGGCCCAUCAUGUGCAAGGCACGGCCGCCCCGUGGCCGGGGUGGGCCAGCCCGCUUCGACAGCGCGCGCCAGAGGCGGCGACCUCUAUUAGGUACGGCAGCGGGCGGGGCCUAAUGCACCUGCGGCAGCAGUCAUUCGAGGUUGGCUUGUGCGCAUGA